AUGUCCAAGGCUGCUCCCGCCAAAAAAACAGCCGCUAAGGCCCCACCUCCGGCAUGUACCCUGGAUAUCAACGACCCCCAGGUCCAGAGAGCGGCCAUUCGCAUCCAGGCCUCCUACCGGGGCCACAGGUCCCGGAAGGAGCUUCGCGAGAAGGGGCCGCCACGAGUGCUGGAGCCGCUGAAGGACGUGGUGCUGAUCGAGGGCAGCGCGGCCAAGCUGACUUGCCGCAUUUCCGCUUUCCCGGACCCAUUCAUCCGCUGGAGCAAAGACGGCAAGGAGCUGCGCGACGGGCCCAAGUAUCGCUACGUCUUCGAGGACCCUGACGUAGUCGCCCUGGUGGUGCGCGACGGCGAGCUGGCCGACCUGGGCCAGUACAACAUCAGUGUAACCAACCCCUUCGGCCAGUGCUCUGACUCGGCGCGCAUCCUCGUGGAAGUCCCUGCGAAGAUUCAAAAGGGACCGGAUAACACUAAGGCACGCAAAGGCACCACGGUGACUCUGACCGCGGAGAUCAUGGGCGAGCCUGCGCCCGACGUCGGCUGGACCAAGGACGGGGAGGACAUCGAGGAGGAUGACAGGGUGUUCUUCGAGAUCGGCAGUACCACCACGACGUUGACCAUUCGCCGGGCCACGACCGAGGACAGCGGCAAGUACGAGGUGUACGUGGAGAACAGCCUGGGCUUGGACCAGAGCUUUGCUCGCGUGGACGUGGCCUGA